CAAAGCUGAAGGCAGAUGCACAUUAAUUGGCAUGAAUAUCUGAAGAGUGAGCAUUGGCUUCAGAAGAUUCCCAGAAUACUGCGAAGAGCAUCUGUGCAGCCCAAUGUGGAGCAUACUCCUCACUACCUCCGCUGGUGUGUUAAAUCCAGACUGAAGUCGUCCGUUAUGGCUACGUUGUGCCUGGGGCUCUUUCUGUUCCUGUGCCACCCGGCGGUCGUACCUCCCAGGCCAGCUUUUGAUUUUAAUCGCGAUCUGGAGUCCAACGUGUUCCAAAGUCGUAAUCUCUUCCAGCCGACGGUGUUUCCCAACGGUACCAUUCAGCGGCUGCCCCAGACCGUGAUCAUAGGCGUGAGGAAAGGUGGCACCCGGGCACUGCUGGAGAUGCUCAAUGUCCACACGGAGGUCACCGCUGCCCAGAGCGAGAUCCACUUCUUCGACUGCGAGGGGAAUUACCAGAAGGGUCUCCAGUGGUACAGCACACAAAUGCCAUUCUCUUAUCCCAACCAGACCACGGUUGAAAAGACACCGGCCUAUUUCACUUCACCCAAAGUGCCUGAAAGAAUCUACAACAUGAACUCGUCCAUCCGGCUCCUGCUCAUCCUGCGGGAUCCAAGCGAGAGGGUUAUUUCGGACUACACUCAGGUAUUACAUAACCGGAUGCAAAAGCACAAGCCGUUUAGACCGGUGGAGGAGAUACUGAUCAGAGAUGGCCAGAUCAACGUUAACUACAAAGCAAUUGACCGCAGCUUAUAUUAUACCCAUAUGCAAAACUGGCUGAAAUACUUCCCCCUCGACCAAAUACACAUUGUGGACGGCGACAAGUUGAUCAGAAACCCUUUUCCUGAAAUGGAAAAAGUGGAGAAGUUCCUGAGGCUCUCGCCGAGGAUUAAUUCGUCUAAUUUUUACUUCAACAAGACGAAAGGAUUUUACUGCCUCCGAGACAGGGAGAAGGAGAAGUGCUUGCACGAGUCGAAAGGGAGACCCCACCCGCAAGUAGACCCAGUUGUGCUCAAUAAAUUGCACGCCUUCUUCACUGAACCCAAUAAGAAAUUCUUCGAUUUGGUUGGCCGGACAUUCGAUUGGCACUGAAUUAAUGUGUGCGCAGGUUCCAGCUGAGCGCUCUUUUUUUCUAAAAUGAAUUAUAUAUAAUGUACAAAAUUAUACUGGAAUGGUAAUUUAAGUGGGUUUCCUUAGAAUAAGUAAAUAUACAUGUAAGUAUGUCGAUCUUCAUUCAGAGCUAGCUAUAUUUUUCUACAUUGUGGCAACUAUGCUCCAGUUUCCAACAUGAGUUACCUUUUGCUUUCUCAGUUGUCUAACAGAACUCUUAGCAGAGAUACCAAUAUGUUUAGUAAAAGUUGGGGUAAGGAUGAUCAAUUCAGUAUAAUUGGUUCUUAAUUUAGUGAGAAAAAAUAUAUAGAUCUAUAUUCUUCGGUGUUUUGGAGAGCACGGGGUGAUCUUAGUGCAACAUAUAAGAUCCUGGAGGGGUAUGUGACAGGAUAGAUGUGGAGAUGUUUGCACUUAUGUGGACCUGUCAAACCUGGGAACAUAGUUACAACAUCGGAGGAUGGUCAUUUAGGGAACAUUGAUGGCUACAGGGAACUGGCACAGAAGAGGAGAUGGUCCAGGAUAGAUGUGGCAUGACCAUAUUAAUGAUCGGCAGAUAGACACAAAACGUUGGAUUAACUCAGCGGGUCAGGCAGCAUCUCUUGAGAAAAGUAAUAGGUGAUACUUUGGGUCGGGAACCCUUCUUCAGACCCAAAUAGUCAGCAGGCUUGAUGUGCUGAUGGGCCUUCUCCUAUGCCUAAUUUCUAUGUUCAUGAAAACAAGUCCCAACCAUGCUGUGUGAUAUUGUAAUACCAUAAAUAUAAAUAUAUAUAGUCCAUGUUUAUACUUUCCAAGUAUACCUGUAUCCCCAAAGAGUGCAAUAUUUGAUUGAAUUAUGUUAUUCACAAAGUUUUGCACAAUUGCUGCUAUUGUUUGUGGCAUUAAGCACUUCCUACAACUGGACAAUAACCUUUUCCGAUAGCAAGAGUGUGACAAGUAUAUCAAUAAACUGAGAGCGCCAUUUAUAUAUUUGCUAUUAGUCCCCACAGUGUUUCCAUUUUAUUUUAUUUUUUAUUUAUUUUCCACAGGAAGGGGAUAAAUAUAUGAAAGUUUUGUAUUUGAAUAUUCAUGCUAUCUUGUUUUUGGAUACUGUCAGUUUUUGUAAACUACGGAUUUUUCUGCUAAUAUUGUAACUAGACCUUACGUUAUGAAAUAAAGCAGCAGUGUUUGUUACA